GGUUCUCAACGGUAGCCCAGUCGGUGUACAGGGGUGUGUUGAGACUGUAGUACACAAGGGGUUUGGCUCACCUUCAUCUUCCAGUCGGUCAGCUGUAGAGCUGAACUUCAAGGCCUCUCCUCAGUGGGUUCACAUCAUCAUCCUUACACAGGAGUCAGGAAGGUUAAGAUGGCUAAUUUGAGAGGAUCUUCCAUCUUCCAUGUGUUGCUGCUAGCAACAUUAUUAUUACCAGAGUUUCUGUUGGCUGGCCCUGUGACCCAGCAUUUAAAAGGAGAUGAUGGAAGUGAUGAAAAGGCUGGCAUUGAAGCAGUUCCAAAGAAACUAAUCCGGAACAGGAGAAACAUCAGUUGGUACAAGCAGCACUCUGACUUCUGGAGCUGGUACAAAUACUUCACUGACAAUGGAAACCAAGAGGGAGUUGCAGAGCUGGAUCGCGUCUAUCUUUCAUACUUGCAGAACAAGAAUCGAGCUGAGUCAGGUCGUUCCUACAAGCUGUACCUGCAGCACCUUAGCGACAUCUACAAAUCUUGUGCCGAGUCUGAUGACCCAAACUGUGUGGCCUCCUACACCAACAGACCCAAACCCAAAGCUGAGGCACCAGUGCCUGCCCCAGUCAAGUCUUGUGACCCUUACAGAGACCCAUACUGCUUGCACUCAAAGGGAUACUCUUAUUACCCAUACAUGGCUCCAGCCCCCGCCGCUGUCAAAGGCCCUGCACCUGCCCCUGCCCCUGCCCCAGUCAAAGCCCCAGCUUACAUUCACACACCUGUGGUGAAGGAUCCACGUUCUGGUCAAUACUUCUACUCUCCGCUGGUGCAACCCUUCCUGUCAGCAGAGCAGAGGACCGAGCUGUUGCGCAUCUGUGAUGCCGAGGAUGUCGAGUGUCUUCAGUACCACCUCCGUGCUGCUUACGGAUACAAGCCUGCUGCUUCCCUAGCCCCAUCCUACGCUCAUCUCGGCUGUGACCCUAAGACCGAUCCUCACUGCGUCCCCCAUUUGGUCCAGAAGGCACCAUCUGGUCUGUACCUGCGUUAUCCCCAUUGUGACCCUCGAGUUGAUCCAUACUGUGCUUAUGCUGCUGCUCUGGCAUCCUCGCAAAACCAUGAAGCCCCUUCUUCUGGCUUGGAGAGACCCUGCAACCCUCUCUACGAAGAUAACUGCAACCCUCUGACAGCCACAAGGUUUGGCAGCCUGGCUCAUGAAAAUCUGAAGGACGAUCCCGCCUCUGAAGCCGGUGCCAUGCGGGCACCUCCGAGCCCCCGUCGUGACCCCUAUGCCAUGCACCGAGAUGCAUCUGCUGGGGCUGACCUGCGAAGACACCUGCCUACACAUCUCCAACCUCCAAGGUACCAACCAGAGGAACCUCAACAUCCUUUGGGACCACGAGGGAAGACCAAGGAGGGAUAUGACUGUUUCAUCGGGUAUGAUAAAGAGUGCUUCCCACUGGGUUCCCAAAACGAGCACCGUCCUGCUGUGCACAGACAGCUGUCCAACCCAAGUGAAGCCUACGAGCCCCACCUGAAUGCCGAUGGAACCAGGAAUGGAGUGAUCGAACCUGAUCCUGACUGCGACCCAGAGUACGACAGAAACUGCCGCUUGCGCCGCUACAGAUCUGAGGUGGCCGAACCGGCCAGUCCAUCACCUCAAGAGGAGCCUGCCCAGGAGGAAUCCCACCGUGAGGAGAUCCCUCAGCAUAGAGAAGAGUCCUACCCUGAGACCCCAGGCUAUGACCAGCAGCAAUAUGAGCACUACAUGAGUGGACAAGAGGAUCCAUAUGCUGGAUACGGCCCCCAGGAACCAGGAGCGACUAGCUUUCAGGAUGUCCUGAGAGGAUACGGUGGUCGGUAUCCUGGUCAGGAUGACCACCAUGCCUACAACGGAGACUACAGAAAUAAAUAAAUACCUGUGACAAUGUAUGCCAAGAAUAGUAGAUCAGGACAGAACACAUUUUUGUAGAUACAUUUUGCAAUGCACACUUGUAGAAAAGGUGCACAUGCAUUUUCACAGGAUUUCACUUGGUUCACUCAAUAUUUUUGAGAGCUGCUGAAAUUUCCUAACUCUGGAGUUUGACAGCACUUGUAUAGGAAAAAAAUAAUUAGAUUCUUAUGAUUUCUUGCUGAUUCUUUAAGCCCAUGUAAUCAUAUUGUAUCUCAAGGAGAAGUAUCUCUCUUCUACUAGAAGAGCACUUGAAAGAGCUCUUUGUAUCUUUGUGGAGGGAAAAUUACACAAAACAAAGUAUGUAAAAGGUGAAAAGUGUACUAUAUUGAAUAUACUGUAACCUCACCCAAUUUGGCUUUUUCUUUGUAAAUUCACCCACUAAUUUCCCUUCAAGUUAAUGUUUAAUGAAUUUCUAGGACCCUUGCUUAUUUGUAUUCUUUUUUAAAUGGCCAAAUUGAUGCUUUGUGAUUUGUUUGCAUAUUUGUAAGAUGUUUUUCUUUGAAAGUUUCAAAUAAAAGCUUUACACAUC